AUGUCUUCUAGCAAAUGCAAAGAUAAAACUACACUUACUAAUAAACAGAGACAAGACAUCAUCACAUAUAAAAGUAAAUAUCCUAAUAUUAGCAAUGUCGAACUUGUAGACUGGAUAAAAAAAAAAUUUAAACUUGAUGUUCAUUCAAGUACUAUUGGAUGCCUAAUAAAAAAUAAAGAAGAUAUCGAAAGUAACCCUGCUGCAAAAAGACAAAGAACGGUUCAACAUCCAGAACUUGAAAAUACAUUACUCGAGUGGGUUCUACAAAAUCAAGAAAGAGUAAUUUUAAGUGAUGCAAUUCUAAUAGAAAAAGCAAAAACUUUUGCUCAAAUGUUAGAAAUACCUGAUCUUAAGUUUUCACAAGGCUGGCUAUACAAGUUCAAAAAAAGGUAUGGAUUAGGACGGGUAAAAAAGCAUGGAGAAGAUGCCUCCAUGGAUGAUGCUGUUGUUGCUGCUGCCAUUCCUAAAUUGAAAGAAUUAUUAGAAGAAUAUGAUCCAAAGGAUAUUUACAAUAUGGACGAAACUGGUCUUGAACCCGAUACUACUUGA